AUACAUUACUUAGAUUUAAGAGUGUCCGCAAGGGGGUGAGGGUUAUAGUUCCUGAAACACCAUGAGAAAGGUUCCCCUCUGUAAGUUAUAUAGAAGAAACUGAAGAAAAAACCAAGGAAGUGGCCAGAUGGAGAAUUUGAGUCUGUCACAAGGAUAGUGCGCUCCGAAGAUUGGCAGGAGAGGAUGCUGCUCUUUGCCAGGGCAAGGAACAAUGGGAGACAGAGAGCCCCAGUGACCCAAGACCAGGCCAGUUGCUGGGUACUAAAAAGACGAGAAAAAAUAUGUGCAUCAUCUGCACCACUGACUUUGCAAGAUAGCAGAGGGAAAAAGUAACACAUUGAAGCUUGAAUAGUACAUUUCAGGAACUCAGCCAAAAUAUUAGUACUAACCUUGUGGCGAAAAGAUGAACUUCCUGUCAACCUUUGUGACAUUUGAGAACCUCCAUGAGGUUCGGAGAUUGUGCCACUGGGGUCCAGUCAUAGCUCUGUCUGUCAUUGCUAUGUGCUCCACCAUGGCAAUUCUGGACUCCAUUAUCUGGUACUGGCCGUUAAACACUACGGGAGGCAGCAUUAACUUCAUCAUGCUCAUCAACUGGACUGUCCUCAUCCUCUACAACUACUUCAAUGCAAUGUUUGUUGGACCUGGAUACAUCCCUCUUGGCUGGAAACCAGAGAAUCAACAGGAAACCCAGUACCUACAGUACUGCAGAGUCUGCCAAGGGUACAAGGCCCCCAGAUCCCACCAUUGUCGCAAGUGUAACAGGUGCGUGAUGAAGAUGGACCACCACUGCCCCUGGAUCAACAACUGCUGCGGCCACCUGAACCACGCCUACUUCACCAGCUUCCUGUUGCUGGCUCCACUGGGCUGCUCACACGCUGCCAUCAUCUUCAUCAUGACCAUGUACACGCAGCUGUAUGAGAGGAUAUCAUUUGGGUGGAGCACUGUGAAGAUUGACAUGAGUGCUGUGCGUCAAUUCCAGCCUCUUAUGCCCUUUAGUGUGCCCGCCUUUGCUGCCACACUCUUUGCCUUAGGCUUAGCACUGGGCACCACUAUUGCCGUUGGAAUGCUUUUCUUUAUACAGAUGAAAGUCAUCCUUCGAAAUAAGACCUCGAUCGAGUCCUGGAUCGAGGAAAAGGCCAAAGACAGAAUACAGCACUACCAAACAGGGGAGGAGUUCAUCUUCCCGUACGACCUCGGCACCCGCUGGCUGAACUUCAAGCAAGUCUUCACGUGGUCAGGAACGCCCAAGGGUGAUGGCCUUGAAUGGCCAGUCCAUCCCAAGUGUCACCAGCACACCUUAACUAUUGAGCAACUGAAGCAGAAAGCUGAUAAACGAGUGAGAAGUCAGGUCCAGUAUCGGGCAGUGGAGGACUAUAAUGGAGCAUGCUGCCCUCUGAGCAAAGGUGUCCAAACCUUUUUCAGGACCCCCUGCACCGAGGAGCCCAGGAUCCCCCUCAGCAAGGGGGACACCAUCCUAGCCACUCGUGGCACCAAAUGGUGGAUGUAUGGAGACAAAGCUUUGAACGAGGAGCAAAUGAGAGCAGGAGAGCGUGUAAGGGGAUGGUUUCCAAGGCGAUGUGUGGAGAAGUGCCAUUAUGACGCAGCUGCCAGUGAUUGCACCAGCGACAAGAAAGUAAAAUAAUAUAUUUGAACAGGCUUUUUGUAGAGCAGGGGAGUUAAACUGAACAAAAGGUGUCUGUGUUUAUAAACUUAGAUCCACUGAAGAUGUCAUGCCUGAUGCUGCAGGCUCACCAUCAAGAAUUUCAUACUACAAAAUUCUCACAUGUUUCAAUACCAACUUGAAUUUUUUAAAGGUAACAUAGUCCUCUAAGUCUUACUGAGCACCUUGUGCGGCUGGAUGUAAAUAUCGAGUUCAUGAGAGGGGCUGGAUCGAUGGGUUCUGUUUGACUCCUCUGACCAAAAGUGAAACCCAGCAAGAGUCUUAAUUCCCAAGAAUUGCCACCAGGCUUUAAUGUGGCUUCAUUGUGAUUACAUGACUUUUUACUUGAAUCUGUUGUUUUUACUUGUGUUGAUGUCCUUUUUUGCUAAUUAUGCAAUGCCUCUGUCCAGCUAACCCCGGGGCUUCGUCAUGCAACUCUUUCUACAGUAUGGAGAUAACACUUAAUUUCUUUUUAUUAUUUUUGUAAAAACAAAUUGUUGGCCUCAAAGUAUAAAUUCAAAAAUAAAAAAAAUCUACCGCAGGAGUCGUUGUUUGCUUCUGUCUUUGUGUUUCAAAAUUUGUUAUACACAUUCUUUUCUUAAGUGCCUUGAGCUCAAUGUAAAACUUUAGUGUAACACAAAUCUAUCCCAAACUAAUUUUGAUGUAAUGUUCUUACAUUUUCAGGUUUACACUGACUGGCACUAUAUGCAACAAAAGUACAAGGAGGAUUUACCAUAAAGCAUGUUAGGACUUGUUGAAAACUCACUAAUCACAAACAUUUUUUGAAACCAAAGGCUUUG